AUUUCUGUACCAGCGCAAAUCUUAGUGGUGAGGACGUGUCAGCGGUAUUCAAAUACGUGUCUUGUGAUUUCUAUGUAUUCUAAAAUAUUUCCUUAUAUUCGACAGCCACCGUUUCUCAAGAUGUGGUACUGGUUGUUGUUUGUUGUGGCUCUGGUUGCGAAGAGCACAUCAGGUAACCAUGACUACGACACCACGGAUGACGAAGGCUAUGACGUCCUGUUCGGUGCUUUAGAUAAAGAUCGAACACAUACUUCCGUUAACGACCUAUUCGGGGCUUCAGAUAACGAUCGAACCCACACUUCAAUUAACGACCUGUUCCGUGCCUUAUAUAACGAUGGAAGCCGUACCUCAGAUAACGACCAUUUCGGUGCUUCAAGUAACGAUCAUAUCCACACUUCAGUUAACGAACAUUUUGGUGCUUCAGGUAACGAUCGAACCCACACUUUAUUUAACGAACUGUUCGGUGCUUCAGACAACGAUCGAAUCCACACCCCAGAAAACACCAAGUUCCGUGCUUCAGAUAACGAUGGAACCCACACUUCAGUUAACGGUGGACUUAUCACUUCGGCUGAGAGAAACUCCAUUGGUUACAGUAACUUUGACUCAAGUCAGACAAGAACUGCUCGUGUCAAGUAUCCAAACAGCGGCCGUCCUCGACAUCCACAUAACGAUCGAUCUCACACCUCAGUUAAUGUUAGAUUUGGUACCUCGGAUCAAGAUCGAAAUUUCCGUACUGGCAGCUAUGUAGCCACACAUGACAUACCACGAAGUAUUUCAAGUAAGACAAACUCCAGAGAUUUCAUCAACGGUCGGCGCGUUGACUCAAGUGACACGAACCUACUAAGGACUGGCGUCUAUGACUUUCGCACUUCAGAAAACACGAACGACAUUGACUCAGUUGACUCAGAGAACGACCAUUCGACUGGGAACGGGCACUUCGGCGUCGCCGGAAAUGGCGAUUUCCGUGUCUCCGACGACGGCGUAUUCAGCAUUUCCGGUGAUGGGGAUUUCCGUCACUCUGGCAACGGUUAUUUUCGAGACUCAGGGGAAGGUAGCUACCGUCACCUAGGUAACGGAGACUACAGCAUAUCCAGCAAAGGUGCUGUCCUCAUCUCCGGAAUAGGAAACGUUUACAAUGAGAAAGAGACUGAGAAAGAGGGAAAACUGAAGCUGUUCCAAGUGAUCAACCUUAACCUCUCUCAAAUGCCGCAAUCUCCAAACUCGCAACCACCCAGAACGACACCAAAACCACACGCAACACACGUGAUUUAUCCAACCGUGUCAUCGACAACUAUAACAACAACUAGUAGAACAACAACGGAGGAGGUGAUACCAGAGCCCCCAACCGCAGCUGAACCAAACGUAACACCGACAAUUUUUGUUGAUGACUCUCAUACAGUAACGGAAGUGGCAUCACCAAAAGAGAAGGCUUCUAAGUGCACUACACUCAACAAGGCCGACAUAAUUCUUGUGAUGGACGCAUCCAGCAGUGUAGGGGAGGCCAAUUGGGUGCAUCAAACUGACAUGGCGGCAAACAUCACACAUUAUUUUCAUGUCGGUCCGGAUAAUGUCCGGUUUGCUGCGUUACUUUUUCACCGGAAUCCUACCAAAAUUUUUGACCUGAAGGACUACACGAGUCACUCUUCAUUGGAAUAUAACCUGAAAAAAGUUCCAUACCCUCGACAUUCCGGGACGUACACGCACGAAGCCCUAAAUUAUAUCAUGACACAAAAUAUGUUUGGCACUGCCUCUGGGGGUAGGGAUGACGCCCCUAAGCUUGUAAUUGUAAUGACCGACGGGAAAUCAAAUAACCCCUUGAGAACUUUAGACGAAGCACGUAAGCUGAAGGCUAACGGCAUCAGCAUUAUCUCAGUUGGUAUAGGCAGGCAUCUAUCGUAUGAGGAGUUGAUUGGCGUUGCUAGCACUCAAGACAACGUUAUCAUGGCAACCAGCUACCAAGCUCUCGGCGACUCGUUAGGAUCUCUAGUUAAAUUGGCGUGCCAGGUGACAUCAGAGCCCCCAACCGCAGCUGAACCAAAUGUAACACCGACAAUUUUUUUUGAUGACUCACUUACAAGAACGGAAGAAGCAAGAUCAGAAGAGAAGGUGGAAAUACCACCCGCACCCACAGCAGAACAAAAUGAAGCACCGACGUUUUUAUUAAAUUACCCAAUUACAGCAACUGAAGAUGCAGCAUCAGCAGAGCAGGAUGCCGGCUAAGUGGCAAAAAACUGAAGCUUCACGACUAUGAACGUCAGAGAGG